AAAUCUAGAGGCAUGUUUUGGAAGAGUACUGGUAUUGGAUAUGCAUUGGGGCCCUCAUUGGGUUCUCACUUCUGUUCAAUGCAUGCUUUGUCCUUGCUCUCAAAUAUUUGAACCCUAUUGUAAGUGCUCAAUCAGUACUUUCUGACGAGGAUGAAAAAGAAGUCAAGUUCCCUCAGAAAACAAAAGUCAGGGCAACCAAAUUUUGUUGCACAAUCUCCCAAUACAAUUGCUGAAGGAAUUGACAUGUCAAUCAGAAAUCACAAUGGAAGUCGAGGAUCAGAAACAAUGGCUCCAAGGAAAGGAAAGGUUUUACCUUUCCAACCACUUUCUUUGGUAUUUGAUCAUGUGAAGUACUAUGUGGACAUGCCUGCAGAAAUGAAAAGUCAAGGAGUUGAAGAAAAUCGGCUUCAAUUGCUGCGUGAUGUUAGUGGUUCUUUUAGACCUGGAAUUCUCACCACUUUGAUGGGUGUAAGUGGUGCUGGAAAGACCACUUUAAUGGAUGUCUUAGCAGGGAGAAAGACAGGAGGAUAUAUAGAGGGAAGCAUAAAAAUUUCUGGCUAUCCAAAGAAGCAGGACACUUUUGCAAGAGUUAGCGGUUAUUGUGAACAGAAUGACAUAUAUUCACCCAAUGUUACAGUUUAUGAGUCUUUGGUCUACUCUGCGUGGUUGCGCCUUUCUCACGAUGUAAAGGCAGAUACACGAAAGUUAUGGAGCUAGUUGAAUUGAACCCAAUAAGGGAUGCUCUAGUGGGCCUCCCUGGAGUGGAUGGUCUCUCAACGGAGCAAAGGAAGCGUUUAACUAUAACUGUGGAGUUGGUUGCUAAUCCCUCAAUCAUCUUCAUGGACGAACCCA